CCGUGGGUGCUUUACCUUUACCAGGGCUACCCUGUCAAGUCCCAUCUGGUGCCAUCUCGGAACACAUCCUAAUCCCAGUCAAGUCCAUCCAACGAUUGCAUGUUCCGACUUGGGUGUGCAACCAAACAGAGAUGCAGGACCGUGCCACUACUGGGCUUGAGAACGGAAAUAUGCAUCGAGCCAGCUCUGCAUCCAACUCUCCAGUCUACCCGUUUUUGCAGUCAUCAAUAAUAACGGUGCAGCCCUUCUUCGUCUGGGCUUAAUCUCGGCAAAUCAUUUACGGAUCGCGCCCGGCAAGAUCUUGCCCGGAUCACAACGUUCACUAGCAGAGUCGAAGUAAAUGGUAUCGAGCUUUGAUUGCUAUGCACUUGUUGGUUACGUCAAUGUCAUCGCCAACGACAAUCUGAGCUGCAACCCCUGCUCUAUGUCCUCGCCGUUUACAUUUCAAAUUUUCAGCGAUAUCAUCAAGAUAUAUCAAGUCGUUAGGGCUUCUACAGUUUCCUCAGUCCGAAUCAUCUGGAGAUUGAUGCUCCUCCAAGCCCUGACAAGGCCAUCGUUGCCCUUUGGCCAUGAACGUGUGACUGGUAGCUCACAACGGUCAUCUACCAUGCGGCGGGUAUCUUGGUGUGAACACCACACAGUUUUCGGGCGAGUUGCGUACACCAUGUUCAACUACAUUUCGAGGAUAGUCUACUGUAUUGUUUGUCAUGGCUUACAAUGCCUUGUCGUGCUCGGCUAUCCCUUUUUUGGGAUGUUAUGUGUUAGUUCACCACACGCUCAAGCAGGUUAACACAAAAGACAUUCAUAUCAAUCAAUUCAGAUGCCAUCUUACUCAGAUGUCAACCCCACAAAUGACAGCUGGCUCGUG